UUUGGAAGCACUCUCUCUGUGAUCUGAGUGAUAAGAAGUCUUUCGAGAGCUUGAGGAUCUGAAGAAAAUAUCCAUCUGCGGUUUAACAAUGGUUCUAUUACAGUUGGAUCCAUUCCUCAAUGAACUCACGAGCAUGUUUGAGAAAAGCAAAGAGAAGGGUUCUGUGUGGGUUACUUUGAAAAGAUCAUCUCUCAAGUCUAAGGUGCAGAAGAGGAAACUGAGCUCAGCUGGAGAAUCCAUUGAAUACAGAUGCCUUAUUCGAGCAACUGAUGGAAAGAAAACUGUUUCUACUUCGGUUGGUGCUAAGGAUCACCAGAGAUUUCAAGCAUCAUAUGCCACCAUUCUUAAGGCCCACAUGACUGCCUUGAAGAAGAGGGAAAGGAAAGACCGGAAGAAAUCUACAGAGGCAGAGAAGAAAGAAGGCACUUCAACCACUAAAUCUAAGAAACUUUGAUUUCUCCUUUUGUGUUUCUCAUUGAUUUGCAAUUGCUGCUUAAGAAUUGAAUUUUGAAAGAUCUAAAAGAUUUUGACUUAUGUCAUUAUAGAGAUUUUGGCUUGCAUUUGCCUUUCCCUCA